GUUGAUGUCAAUUUUGUUGUCUACAAGGUCACCAGUUCUGAAGAAAGUAUCGACAGUCGGUUUUCACUGCUUGUGUUUCAUGACUGAUUCAGUCAACAUUUUUGUCAGUGAAUGAUGCUUUACUGGUAACGCGACAGAGCAUACUAAAACUGAGUUGGUGUUUGUUUACCAUAUUUAAUAUGCGAAUGAAUGAUUUUCUUCAAGAGCAUGUUCAAACCGUUUCUGGGAGUAUUCUAGAGCUUAUUCAAGAAGGACUGUUUUCAAAUGUAACCGUCGUUAUCAGUGAUUAUGAGUUCAAAUCCAACCGUCUUCUUUUGGCCAGUUCAAGUGAUUACUUCAGAGCAUUGUUCAGUUUUCAGCAAAAGUCAGUUGAAGAACCUCGAUUAGAAAUCAAGUGUGACCAUGUAUCCCAUAUUGGUAUCAGUCAUGUCAUGUUGUUCAUCAAUUCAAUCGGUCAAAUUCAUGAUUCGAUCCCUGCUGAAGACUAUCAAGAUGUCUACAUUGCAUCAAGUUUUCUACAAGUACAUUGCCUUCAAAAGAUGAUGAGCUCCCGUUUGGAAGGAACUCUUUGUAUCGACAACGUGCUCAAGAUCAUGAAUUUGGCUCAUUGGUUCGAUGAUGAUCGGUUGUUCAGAAAAGCUAUGCUGUUCCUUUGGCACGAAUUCCAACUCAUUGAUUAUUUCUCAAGUGAUUUCGUCAACUUAAAUACAAAACAAAUCACAAAUAUAUUUCAAAGUGAUCAGAUCAAUAUAUCUCAGGAGCGUGUAGCUUUAGAGGCAAUACUUGUAUGGCUUUGUCAUGAUGUAAAAAAUCGGAUGGAUUUUUUCAAGAACAAUUUUCUUCGUCUUGUAAGAUUACCUCUGUUGACUAGAACCGAACUGCUGGAAAUAAUCGGAAAUCCAAAAUACAGCGUAGCCAAUGAUGCUUUACAGUUUUUGUUUUUGGCGCAUACCUUUUUAAAUCAUCCAACAUUUUUGAAUGAAUUAGAUCGAUUUGCAAUGGCAGAUUUUUGGAAUUAUCAAUACUUGCCUAAUUCUCUAAUGGAUCCUAAACAGUAUCGAGCAAGGAUUGGAACUGUGUAUCGAGUCUAUGGACUUGGUGGGGAAAGUGAUUCCAGUAAUGGCACUUUAUUACCUUAUGGAUCACAGACCAAUGAAUUUGUGGUGUACAACGAGGAUUUAAGUGUUGCUACUGUAUGCCCACCUCCUUACGCAGCUUCCAGGGUACAUCAUGCUGUAGCUGCUUCCCUUAAUUGGAUAUAUGUUGUAGGUGGGGAAUCUGAAGAAGGUGAAUUACUUAAUCACUGCUCCCGUUAUAGUUUAACAGAUCUUGUUUGGCAUUCAAUGAGUGAACUUGACUGUCCUAGGUCACAUCAUGCUUUAGUAUGCAUUGAAAAUUAUUUAUACAUGUUUGGUGGUUAUUGUUUAAAUUGGGAAACGAGCUAUUCACCAGCUAGUGAUUCAAUUUUAAUUUAUAAUGUUUGUACAAAUAAAUGGAAUAAUUCACACCAUAAACUACCAUUCAGUCUGGUGGAUACAUGUGCAUUACUACUAACGCAUAAAGGUGUAGUUAUGUUUGCUGGUGGUCUCGAAGAAUAUGGUGAUGAAAUGCGUCCAUCAGAUUGUGUUUUUUUAUUCGAUCCAAUAGAAGAUGGUGAGAAUUUCAAAUUUUUACCAAAACUACCAGUUCCUUUAAUCAGUGUAGCACUGGCGUGUGACACUUUAGAGGAUCAAGUAUUUUUAUGCGGUGGUAAAAGGAGUGUAUACGGCUCCAAACUUAGCGAUAUAUCAGAUAAAGUAUUUUCCUUCAGAUUUAGUUCUAAUUGUUGGACUGAAAUAACCAUAUUGGAUUUUCCGCGUUAUAAUGCAUUUUCAUUUUUACUACAUGAUAAAUUAUAUGUAAUUGGAGGGAUUACAGUUGAUGAAGUCAUUGAGAAUACAUCCACUUCACUACUGGCUUCGUUAAUUGACGCAGAUCAUGAUAACUCUACAACUGACAGACAAAUAAGUAAUGGUGAUAAUGAAAAUAUUUCUUCUAAUUUAUUAGAACAUUUUUCUGUCGGAAAUUAUAUCCAUCGAAAUAUUUUACAAGCUCCAUUCAGACCAUGUCAUUUCACUGAAGGUUGGCAGUUGAGGUCAUCUUCAAUGACAGCAUUAUCGUCAACCUCAUCACAAUCAUCUUCAGUAGGUGAUUUCUACACAACAUCAACUCAAAUACGUCCAAAACGCUUAAAAUUAUCACUUGCCAGAUAUGAAAAUCACUUACCUGUAAUAACAAGAUGUUGUGCUGUGUAUUGUAUCGCACCAUAUUUAAAUUGUACCAAAUACUCAUCAGAGUAAUAUGUGAUACAAGAAUUAUACUGGAACAUUGUAUAAAUAAAGUUAAUUAAUAUUUAUUUUUGUACACUUUUGUUUAGUGUCUUGUCUUCUUUUCUGUUUUUCAUAUCCACUUAUGAUUAUUGUAACAAUAAAACUUGUAAGGAUCGCCUAUACUUUCACUACUAUUUUGAUUUUUGUUUAUUUUUCUUUCCUUUUAUUCAUUUCAGUUUUGCAUUCAACUGUUUAUUUUAUUAUCUAUUGUAUCUAAAUAGUUAUUUAGAAUUAUACAGUGAUAUUAUCCUCAUCUACUGGUUUUUUCUCUCUUCGUUUUAUUGGUUUCACUUUGUGGAAAAAUAUCAUUGUUGUUUAAAAGUAUGCUAUACGCGUGUCAUGUUUAUAUUAUUAUUAUUAUUACUGUGUGUAGGUAAGCUUUGGUAUGAUGGAUACCUCCUCUUCUACUGUUCGUGAUCAUGUGUGUGUAUUCAUCUGUUUGUCAAACAUACCGAGGAGUGAUUUAAUUCACGGGAGAAAGUCAUUUGAUAACAUGCAACUUUGUACUAUGUAAAAAACAGAUUUAAGCGAUAUUUAUUGCGUGAUGAAGUAAACUAAAUCAAAAGUUAU